AUGCUCCGCGCUCCUGCAGCCAGGAAAAGGUCGAGAGCGGUGGAAGUCGGCGUUCCCAGGCGUGAAGAGGUGAAGUUUGAGGAUGUCAGGCUGUUCCUGGUUGAGAGGAAGAUGGGCCGCAGCAGGAGAAGCUUUCUGACCCAGCUGGCCAGGUCCAAGGGCUUCGCUGUGGAAGACGUCCUCAGCGAUGAGGUCACUCACGUGGUGUCGGAGGACAACCAGGCUUCGUCUCUGUGGACGUGGCUGAAGCAGAAGAAUCUACCCAACGUGCAUGUGUUGGACAUCAGCUGGUUCACCGACAGCAUGAGGGAGGGGCGACCUGUUGCCAUGGAGACCAGACACCUCAUUCAGGACACCUUGCCCACAUGGGCAGAGAGGUCCACUCCCACUCCUGGGACCAGCGUUUCUCAAUACGCCUGCCAGAGACGGACCACCACUGAAAACAACAACAAGAUAUUCACAGAUGCUCUUGAAGUGCUGGCGGAGAGCUAUGAAUUCAACGAGAACGAGGGUCCGUGCCUGGCCUUCAGGAGGGCUGCAUCGGUUCUGAAGAGUCUGCCCUGGGCGGUGCAGAACCUGGGGGCCACUCAGGGCCUCCCCUGCCUGGGGGAACACACAAAGGCCAUCAUAGAGGAGAUCCUUCAACACGGCCGUUCGUUUGAAGUGGAGAAAAUGCUCUCUGAUGAGAGGUAUCAGACACUGAAGCUGUUCACGAGUGUGUUUGGGGUUGGACCGAAGACGGCGGAGAAGUGGUACCGCAGAGGGCUGCGCUCAUUCAGCGCCGCGCUGGCAGACCGCAGCGUUCAUCUCAACCGGAUGCAACAAAGUGGUUUCCUGCAUUAUGGAGACAUCUCCAGGGCUGUCAGUAAAGCAGAGGCCCAAUCCCUGAGGAACAUUAUUGACGAGGCUGUCCAUGCGAUCACACCGACCGCCAUAGUAGCAGUGACAGGAGGCUUUCGCAGGGGGAAGGAGUUCGGUCAUGACGUGGAUUUUAUCGUGAGCUCACCUGAGGCGGGGGAGGAGGAGCGGCUGCUGGAAGACGUGAUCGAUGGACUGAAAAAACAACACAUCGUACUGUUCUGUGACUACCAGGCCUCCACAUUUGAUAUCACGAAGCUUCCCAGCCACAGUUUUGACGCCAUGGACCAUUUUGCAAAGUGCUUCUUGAUUCUGCGGCUGGAGGCCAGCCAGGUGGAGGGAGGUCUCCACUGUGCCGAGGGCGACCGCCGGGGCUGGAGGGCCGUACGCGUGGACCUGGUCUCGCCACCUAUGGAUCGCUACGCCUAUGCUCUACUGGGCUGGACCGGCUCCAGGCAGUUUGAGAGAGACCUGAGGAGGUUCGCUCGACUGAAGAGAGGAAUGCUCCUGGACAACCACGCCCUGUACGACAAAACCAAGAAAGAGUUCCUGGCAGCUACGACUGAAAAGGACAUCUUCGCCCAUCUGGGUCUCGAGUACAUCGAGCCUUGGCAGAGAAAUGCGUAGGCCUGCGCUCCUCCCAGACUGCAUGAUACCCUGUGUCACCAGUUUGGCUGAUUGAAGGAAGGUUUCAUAGAGG